AUGACAACCAACCAGUUGGAGGUGUCGAAAAGCAAUCCCAAUCCCCUUGAAAAUCCCUCGAACCACACGCCACUCUCCAGUUCCAAUGCAAACCCACACGUGAAUGGACACAUUGGUUCGGUGACCGAGAACCAGUCGAGUGUGCAUCGACCCAACUUGCCUACACUGACCCCGUCACCAGUGGUAAGCACCACCUCCAAACGUGCCACACCAUCACUCAGUUCCCCUACAAACCACGUGCAACCGAAUCCCCCAAACACAAGUGGUCCAAAAAUCCUCAACGCAUUCUCAACAGCUCACAUGUCUCAACAACUGGCCAUUCCACAUGAUGUUGCAGUGCUGCAGCCAACCACCACCAACAACAACAACAUGGUUGGUGAGGUGGCGAUUAACCGAGUUGCCUUACUGACUCCUCUGUCAUGUAUCUCGUUCGGAGUGGCGAGAGCCCAUACUGCAUCCGAAUCUCCUGUUCGAGAAGUGAAUAUGUCGAAGCCACCAUCGGACCAACCGAGUCGAAAUCCUGUGACUGCAACAAUUGAUUUAUCAGUGUCGAGUGAUGACGAGGAGAGCUGUCAAGAGUUGAGUGGAACGAGAGAUCAGGUGAACACGAAUCAUGUGAAUGAUUUGGGUGAAACGUCCGAGGAUUGUAUCACAUCGGAAUGUGAGGGAACCCCAUUGUCAGAGACGUUGAUUCACAAGCGAAUAAAAUGUCUAGAUCUGAAGAUUGAAAUUCUGCAGAUGAAGAAACAAUAUUGGUCGGAGAAACUGAAAUUAUCAACGAAAAGCUGAAUGUUUGGUGAGAGGCGAUCCAUGCAUGAACUACCAUUGUGAUUGUCAUCAAUUCUAUUCAUGUGAAUAGUGCACAUUUGUAAAUUGAAUUUAUAUCUAUGUAUGUAUACAUAUUGUGACUGACCUAUCUAUCAAUGAAUGGACAAAAAUUGUUCUUCAUUUUCAUCAUUAUUGUGUAUUCGUGUGGUGUGUGUGUGAAGUUGUUUGUCUGUUAGUUCUUUUGUUUUGAAUCGAUUUGAAGUGGAGUGUUGUGCAAUACUGGUUUGUUUCAAAUGUUGAGUGGUUGACUACUCUGUUGCAUACUGUACAUAAUUAAAUUGAAAUGUUGGUUUUGUAAAAAUCCCAUUUCUUUUUGUCUUUGAAUUAAUGACGGUGAUCGACAAUUGGUUAUGUGGAUGACGGAUGAUAGUUGUCUUAGAAUACACAUAUAUUAGACGUUUGUCAAUUUUGUUUAUUAUCAUGAUGAAUUGGUUUAUAUUGAUAGAUAUUUAUUCUAGUGAUUUCUGUGUAAUUAACUAUUUGAUAUUUCAUUGAUGAUGCAUAACAUGUUCGGUAUGUUCGGUAAUCGACAUAUGUGUAUAAUUGAUGUCAACUUGAAAUUGUUGAUGAUCGGAAGUGAAGGAGAUUGUUGAGAAUGAAUGUUCUCAUUGGGAUGGUGAAGAGGUUAAUAAUAACACUAAUAAUAAUAAUCAUUGUUUUUGAAUAUGUUUGUUCUGUUUCCUGUUAACUCAUUUGUAAAUAGAAUUGUUCAGACUGAAAUUGUGUAAACUUUCAUUGCCUGUUCUGACAAUUUUAAGUAUGUAGUAGAGAACGGUUGAAGAAUUAUGAGGAUUAUGUAGAUUACAAUAUAAUAGAAUAAUUGACUGAUGAUUGUGUUUUAUUUCGUGUACAACGUGUGUGUGGAGAUUUGUACAGUUGCCUGUGUUACUUUGUACAAUAUGAGAUAAUGAACGGCUUGUUAGAAUUGUCUUUGAAUAUGUGAACAAUUGGACGAUAUUUUCUCGUUCGAGUCGACAAUUUUGUUACUAUCGUCAAGUAAUCAAUCAGUUGAAUUGAGGUGCACAUGUCGAAUGUUUGCUGCUAGUGAUUGAAUGUUUAGGAGUCGUCACGUCUUUACUAUAUAAACUAGUUCUUAGUCAUAUUGGUUUGAGUGUAUAUCGUCAUUGUGUGUUGUUCAUACUUUUGUGUUGUAAAAUGUGUAAUAGUGCGGUAAA